AUGGCUGCCUGUAGCCGGACGGCGCUACUGCUUUGUCUGGCCAAAACAGUGGCUUCCUGGACAGAUGCCAGCAAACCGCUGACAGCAGAGGAGGUGCGAAAUGCUUUCGACGGAUUCAAGGCUUUCUUCCGCCGGGACUAUGCCGACGAGGACGAGGAAGCGAGGCGUUUCAGCAACUUCCAGGCGACAAUGGAGACGGUGCGACAGCACAACUCCGACGAGCAGCGCACCUGGGACAUGGGUUUGAACCAGUUCUCCGACAUGACGGAUGCGGAGUUUGAGUCGCAGGUGCUGAUGGCGCCACAGAAAUGUUCGGCGACCGGCUCGACAUCCUACCAGAUGCCUUCGCCGACCGUCCCCGACUCGGCUCUGGAGAAGAAGAUGGACUGGCGCUCCUAUGGAGUCAUCUCCGAAGUGAAGAACCAGGGCAGCUGUGGUAGCUGCUGGGCUUUCUCCACGGCGGGCUGCCUAGAGGCGCACCUGGCCAUCAAGAUGCGCAGCACCUGGAAAGCCCCGAGGCUGAGCGAGCAGCAACUCGUGGACUGCGCUCAGGCGUUCAAUAACCACGGAUGCAAUGGAGGUCUUCCUGCGCAGGCCUUCGAGUACGUGAGGAGCGCCGGCGGGUUGUCCACGGAGUUUCACUACCCGUACAAAGCGAAGACGCUGAAAUGCUCGUUUAAG